CCUACUCGUGCUUCCCUCGCGUCGCAGACUAUCGUAAUCAGAAUUUUCCGGUUUUUAAAGAAAUGAAUUUCUUAAACUCAGCAGCGUCGUUAUGCAGAAGAGUUAGUUUGAGGGAACUUAUCACCGAGGUUCCUGCUUACGGUGGCAGUGGCAUUUCCGAUUGUUCUUCAAGUGGGUUGAGUUUGGUGUUAAAGCGUUGGGCUACUAAGAAAACCGCUGGUUCCACCAAGAACGGUCGUGACUCUAAACCCAAGAAUCUCGGCGUCAAGAAAUUCGGAGGAGAGAAUGUGAUACCGGGAAACAUUAUAGUCCGUCAACGUGGGACUCGGUUUCAUCCGGGGGACUAUGUUGGGAUCGGGAAGGACCAUACUUUGUUUGCGUUGAAAGAGGGACGAGUCAGGUUCGAGAAAGACAAGAUCACUGGACGGAAGUGGAUUCAUGUUGAUCCUAAGGGAGGUCAUGUUCUUCACCCUAUCUACACUAAAGCUGCUGCAAUGGCCAAGUCCACUAAGAUAGAGACAGCUUCUUCCUCGUGAAAAGACAUUGAUUCAAAGUGUCUUUCUUUUGUUAGAUAAUACUUUCUCGAACAGCAACGCACUCAAUUCAAUAACACGUGCUGUUUUAGUCUUUGUCUGAAAACUGAUCAUUUGUUUUUCUACGCCCAAGGCACAAGUUCAAUUCUUCAAAAGAUUAUCAAAUGUUUUCUUCUCCGGUACAUUGUUGUAUUCAUUACUCUCACUUUUUUUGAUUAUCAAAUGGUUUCCCCGGCCCAUUUGACAGUGGG